CCAGAGAAUAUGAGAAAGGAAGGAGGUCAGGUAUGUAUAAUGAUACAGAAAUAUGGAAACAUAUAGAUAUGCAAGAUCCAAAAGAUUUUGAUAAUCUUGGCAUUGAACCUGAAAGCUAUGGAAUUUAA